GUCAAAAACCACAACUUUAAUUCAAUUUAAAUUUGAAAAACAGAGAAACGGGCGGCUGUUGUGAAAAACUGUAAUUUUUAUCGAAACUAGAAUAUUAUAACAUUAAAACAUUAUCCAAAAGUAAAAUGCCAGCAGUAUACACCUUCACCCAUAAUCACAGUGACAUCCUCAAUGCACUUGUGGAAGUCUUUAGUAUCGGCAGAGGCACCAUGAGAGAGCAAUGGACCACACAAGCUGAAAUAUUGGUAGAACCAGUGGGAUGGGAUGCUUUGUGGAAAUUGUCUAAGAGAUUUUGUAAGAAGUUUGAAGUGAGAUUUCCCUGCAUAGCCCUAAUCUCUGUAAUGUCAGUAGACUUUGAGGAGCUCACAGCUGAUGUUGAUGUGCUGAGUGUCCAACAUGAAUCUGUGUCGCUACCAGAGAGAGUUACGAAUGUGCCGCUGAUAGAACUGUGGCCCACUGUGAAACAGAGGGAGGAGUUUGUGAAUGCUGAGGGUACCGCUCAGUUCAUUGAUUUGAUGAGAUUCUUUUAUGAGAAUAUAUGGAUGCCCUGGGACGACCAAGACAACAAAGUUCUUUUGCCGAAAACUGUAGAAGACAGGAUGAGUCUCUGGCUGGAGCUCCAUAAUGGUUCCAUACCAAAUUCUGUUGCAAGGUCAAUAAUAAUGCUUCGCAAUAGUGCAAUUAAUGCUCACGAGAAGUUAAGGGAGCUUGAUUCCUCUUUGUGUGAUGGGGGUAUAGCUGAUGAUGAUGAUUCGUUAUUACCAUCGAAUUAUAUAUCACAGUGUGCAGUGAUGAAUGCAAACCUGGACAGUUUGAUGCCCAAGUGGAGUCUGUAUGAGGACCCCCUCGUCCGAGAGCAUUACCUGGCACUUGCAAGGGUGAAAUGGCAAGAGAACAAGAGCAAAAGAAAUGUGGUAGCAUUAUGGCAAGGCGGUAGUAUAAACGAAUUCACCAACAUUUCCACAUGCCUUAGAGCAAAAGUGAGCAAGGAACAAAACCUCAUGAUCAUGGUGUCGGCUGAGGAAGGGCUGUCCUUGGAUCCAGAAGAAGUGGUGUUCUGCAGCAGCGAUUAUGAAGUACCUGAAAUGCCAUUCUCAAGAAUAUCCUUGUGCACUUUUAAUGGUGCGACUCUCAGAGCAUCAGAGAUGAGGUCCUGUCUGCUCAUGUUGAGUGAAGACUGCAGGGUACAGGAUCUGACCCUGAACUGUGCACUCGUCAACACCAUCAUAGUGAUGCGGGCUGGAGAGCUGCUUAUCAGGAACUGCAAGCUGUCUGAUGACUCGCUGAACUGUCAGAGUGACUUUGCACAAGGAAUAGUGGCGAUGUCUGAAGCAAAAAUAAUAAUUGAAAACUGCACAUUUGAGAAUUUCUAUUCUGGCCUUGUGGUCCACGAAGGAGCACAGGUUGAACUCCGAAACUGCGAAAUAAAGCGAUGCGGCGUGGGUAUACAGAUGUACUCUGGCUCGCACGUCAAGCUGCACGCCACUGCAAUAUCGGACUGCACCGAGCAGAGCAUUCGCUGUGAACUCGGGCCCAAUGCCGACUCGAAAACCGCCGGGAUGGACGGCUUGGAAGUGGCUUCAAAUUGUAAAAUUGGUGCCGGCAACCUACAAAAAGAAGUGCUUAUUGUAAAGCAAGACAAUAUUAUGUCAUAGAAAAAGGGUAAAGAAGUGGUCAAAACUGCAUUUAUCUAUUUAUCCUAUGAAAGUUUGGAUAAAUCUGAUAACGUGGCUAAUUCUUAUUUACACAAUCUCUAAACUAUAGUGACAGAUCUAAAUAUAUUAGUGUCCCUUUCAUAAUGCUCCUUGCUGAAAAGGAUAGCACUCUAUAUCUAGUUACCUUUAGUUAGACCUGCCAGUUUAGUUAUUGUGUACAAUAAGAAUUAGCCACACUGCAGAAUUAAUGUUGCCCUUUAUACAUCUAUGUUACUGAACAAAUAAUAAUUGUAUAUUGUACAAAAUGUAAUGGUUAUUUUUAAAUUGUAAUUCAGUAAAAAAUAUUUAGUUAACAUAUUCUGUUUGCCAUUUUCUUAUGUAUGACAGCUUUAAUUUAUUUUAGUACUCCAGUGUUAAAGUAGGUAUCGUUUUAGGUGCAAUAUUUUAAAAUACGGAUGUACUUACAUAAAAUUCUAAGGACCAGAGCAGACGAGGGAUUAUUGUCUGCGGAGAAACAUCAGCGGAAAAUCAAACAUCCAUUCGUCCAUCAUAGUCAUAGUCUCAUCGUGUGCGUUAUGCAAUGCAUUUCUUCUUCUUUAUAGUCGUAUUCCUCAUUGCUGAGGGUCAUGAUUCCUUUCCAUCAAUCACAUAGUGGCAGUUCUCUUGGGAUAAUAAUGCGAUGGGUUCCCAGAUCCUUCCGCAUACAACACUAAGAGAACGAGAUUUCGAUUUUUAGGUUAGACAGUUAUUAUCAGGUGUUAGCGAUAAUAACCGGGACCGACAGCUUAACGUGCUCUCUGAGGCACGGAGGAAACGAAAAGGCUAAAUUUGGACCUCCAAAGUCGGUCAUCUAUCCAGUUACUGACUUGAGUCAACGUUGCUUAACAAUUGCAAUCGAUUGUUAAACGUUAUCCAAAUUAGGCCACACGUCCCCACCACUUCCCCCCACUUCUUAGUGCUCCAUUUUUGUCCUCCGCGGACAAUAAUCCCUCGUAUGAGCAGGCCGAAAGAUACAGGUUUAAUUUUUAGAUUUAUUAACCGACUCAAAAAAGUUCAUUUU